AUCGAUUGUUGGUGCCAUCGGUACGCUUCCAGCCCUAGACACUUCGACUUUUUUUUUUGCCACGGAUUGUGUAUGUAGUUUUAAUUGUGCUCGAAAAAACGGCGUUAAAGUGGAUGUCAGCGUGGAUGAAUUGCGUCUCAAAGAACUAGACAUAUUGGACCACGGUGAAGCGCGUCCAAAAACAAUGCAAACUCAAUAGUUCCAUUUACUAAAACGGGUACGAAGGCACCUCGAAUUCGAGUUGCAAACAACUCCAAAACGCUGCUGCAUACGAAUUCUGUCCAUUUAGCACCGAAACGCCACUGGAAGCAGAAGGAAAUGGUGUCCACCCGCCAAAUGUGCAGUGGAGGCGGUACGUCCGCUUCUGAGGGGAAUUCACCGUUCGGGGGCGCGGGAUCGGGAUCUGGACCGGGAAUGGGUACUGGAUCAGCAGUGGCAUCAGGAUCGGCCACUGGAGUACAGGAGCCUCCGGAGUCAACGGCAAACCGAACCUCCGUCCUGCGGCGAACCACCAGUUAUCAGGCUCACCAGGGACAGAACCAGGCCCAGGGCUCUUAUCGCGUCGUCUCGGCGGGCAGCCUGGCCGAGUCCGCCAGCGCGGUGACUCGCCACCACUCGUACUCCAUGCAGAUGCAACGGCAGCGGUCACCGACAGCCACCACCACCACCAGCAGCGCAACCAGCCUGUACGAUCUUCCCAACGAGCUGAUUGAGAUGAUCCUCAGCUACAUGGACUACAAGAAAGUUUCAAAUCUCAGAUUGGUGUCGCAUCGCAUGAACGACAUUUGCAUGGCCAUGCUGAACGCAGCCUUCUCCAGGCAGAUCAAGACCACGUUGAGCCGCUUCCAGGCGAUCAAGGCCAGCAUGCCGCGCCGGGAGUCCCACCGUCGUAAUCAUCCGCUCGCCUGCGAGUGCGACAUCAUCGAGACGUGCUACAUGCGUCUAUCCCUGCUCCAGAUGUCCAUGGGCAAGCACAUCGAGCGGGGCCACUGUUGCUUCUUUCCGGGCGCCAUACUAGACGAAGUCCAGGCGAUUCUCAAUUAUAUCAGUAUUACGCCCAGACUGCAGCGACCUUAUCGUGUUACCGACGAGCUCUUCGAUCUCUCCACUAUGGCCAUGGAAUACUUUAAGGACCGCAUAGAGUCCACGCUCCCUGGGCUGGCGUAUUUCAACAAGGACUUCUAUACGCUGCCCACCACAACAAAGCGACCCACGCUUGCCAUCAGUUCAGAUCUCGAAGACAGCGCCAGCAACUCGCCGCCUCAAAACCACAUGGUGCUCCGCAAGGGCAUCCGGAAGAUCAAGCAAGGCAUGAAGAUAUACAAUAACCAGCUAACGGUGCUGCGCACCGAUCUUCGCACCUGUAAGCGCAAGGCCGCCGAGCAGAGCAAGCAGCUGGCUGAGCAAUCAAAUCUCCUGGCGGAGCAGCAGAAGCAGACGCUGGAGUAUGCCAAUCGUCUGGACGAAAACGACAAAAAGAACGAGGAGAUGUCUCGCAAAUUCUCCACCCUUUUGCAGGAGCUCAACAAGUGCAAGACGGAGCUCCAGUUUUGGCGUUCGAAGAGUCCAGCCAUCCCUGCCGUAUGCAGUUCGUGCAACCAGAAGGUGACGCCUGUGGUGCCGCCUGAGGAUUUUCAAGUGCUGGUCAACCAGGGUGUGGAUCCCGAGCACUUUAUCAUCAUCAACGACGAUGCGGAUGCCGAGAGCGAUGUUAGUGUCGGCGAGCUAAAGGAGUUUGCCUCGCCGGAUGAGUCCACCACGGCCAAGCUGCUGGCCGUGAGUACAGCAGCCAAGAAUCUGAAGCGCAAGAUGCCAUCAGAGAGCCAGUCCAAUGCCAUAGCGUCCACCUCGAAGGCAGCACAGGUUGCCCAGUCCCAAUUACAGUCGGUGGCCACCGGAAAUGCAGGAGCUGCGAAAGCUGCGGGCGGUUAUUCUCCAAAACUUUUUUAUGGCAAUCAUCAGCGGAGCGGUGUGAUUGUCAGUCCGGUGUCCAAGAAUUUGGGGGUGACACCGGCAGCGGACAAGGUGGCGCCCGAAUCGGAGGCUCUAGAGGAGCCGGAGGAGGCGAAGAAAGCACGUAGAGUACAAAAGGCCAACAGAUAUGUAAAUACGCCCGGCAAACGCAGUAAAUAAGCAUUAGGACUUACGCAUAUACACUUUACAUAUUUUUUACCACUUAUUUACAUAUAAAGUGUGCAUGCCGUCGUUCACCUGACCCCACGGAAAUGGGCUAGGGAUCGGGGCAUGCGCCGUAGUGUUAACGGAGGAAUCAAAUUAAUAUAUACACAUAUAUCUAUUAAUGUCAAAUGCAGUAGGCAUUUCGAAUAUUAUUCAUUAUUAUUAUUAUUAUCAAGUACAACAAACGUGUCUGUAUGUUCUUCGGUUUUAACGCCCCGCAAAAACCAACUGUAGUUAACCACCACUUUACACGAACAUCACACGAUUCCCGUAGUUAUUGGCAGAGCAAAACAGAUAAUAAUAAUUAAAAAGCAAAUUAAUUUUAAUUAAAAAAUACAAAGCAAAAAAAAGCAAAGAAAUAUUUUAAAUAAAACUUUAAAAACAUU